CGCAUGGCUUCACGGUCACUGUAUUGUAAUCCAAAAAAGCACUGCGAUCAACUCACGAGCUCGACACGAGUAAGUAGGUUAGCCUAAUCACUACCGAUCUUCAUCUAGUACGCCUCUCCUUACCGUUUUGACCUCCAACUGAGAUCCGAUGAAGGCAGCGUUCUCCUCGCGGACUCCGUGGGUGGUGCUCCACCUACUGCUGUACUACGCGUCUUCAAUUGAUGCCGCAGACACCCGCACUGACGCACCUGUUUGCAAACGCGACCUGCCAGCCGAUUUUUCCCACUACAACAAAGGCGCACAGUGCUUCGCUUCGUAUGGUGAUUGGGGUCCGAUACCAACUGUUGAGAACCGGGAGCGAUGCGCCAGGCACGUCGGACUGGUGUACCCGGAAGACUUUCUGGAAACUUGGAAGACAGGAGGUGCUGUGAGACCGGGAGACGCAACAUCCUCUCACGCAGCGGCCGAACGUGCAGGAGUUUUCGACGAGAAUAUUAGAGAACUAACUCCUCCGUCAUUUCCGCCGCCCAUUCCCGCCGCCUUCCAGCGCUACCUGCAAGCCGGCAAUCGCAUUAUCAGUAUGUGGAACCCCGCCGGCAAGACGCUGGAGUGGAAACUCACAACGUUACUGAAGAAACUGUUCGCGACACUCUGGGCAGCGCUAGCGAGUUUCAACCCGUUGAAACUGUUUUCGCUUUUCAGUACGGAAAGCAGCAACGCGAGUUUGAGCAUUCUGGCGAAACCGGGGUACUUUGAGACCCUGGAGGAGUUGAAGCAGGACUGCGGGAAAAUCUCUGUUCUGCACGACAUGGUGGUCUCCGGAUUUGCGUAUUUCUACCUGAAAGAUAUCCCGAAUGGCAGAACAAGCCCAACGGCGCAACCAACUAUUUGGGACAGAUUCGUCGAGAGCGAGCUGAUUCCGAGCAGAAACAACACGAACGCGACGGACUACGCGAGAAGGCAGCGCCAAAUUGUCAGCGACAAGGUGGAACCGCUUUAUUUCUGCGUCCACAACACCCAUUACAGUGGAUGGUGGGGCGUCAAGGCAAGUGUGCCGUAUCUGCAUCUGCAUGUCACGAACAGAAAUGACUAUCCGGAGUUCGUGCCGCCGUUCCUUCCCUGGCUGGGCCCCAGCGACUUCGGCUACAAGGGUGCGUGGGAGAAACGAGGGCAGGCGUGUGCAUGGUUGGACAUGGGAGCAGGAAGUGGUCGCUCAACGGCGAUGACUGGAAAUGAGAUGGCGGAGAAUAACAAAGAUGUUGCAGAGCAAGGAUUUGGAGCACCACGGGACGCUUCGGCAAACCUAAAAGAUGCACUCGAAAAAGUCACGAGAAAUCUGUGGGAGCUGAUACCUCCCUAUGAAGAGGUAGAAACCGCAACCAUUGAAAUGAUUUACGGCUAGAGGCGGUUCUCACGGUACCUAGUGCGGCGACUUGAU